UGGUCCUUCAAUCGAGCGCUCUGCCGCGUCGGCCUUCUCUCCUCCUUCUCCUUUUAUUUUCGCACUUUGAGGCCCGGUGUUGGAUUGAUUAGCAUAAAGAAAGGCUUGUAUGUGGAACUGAGAGGGUUGAUUAAUAAUGGAGGACUCGGCAGCUAGCAAUAGCAAUAGCAAUAGCAAUGGCAGCAGCAGCAGCGUCAACAACAGCACCAGCAAACGACCGACCUCCGAGCAAGCAAACAAACAUCUCGAGAAUCUCCAAAAGAUAGACGAAGAAAUCAUCUCCCUACUCUCCUACUCCUCCACCUCUCUCUCCUCGCUCAACACGCUCGACCCCUCCAAAUCAAUCGACCAAUCUAAAGCCGCGUUCCGCGAGAACGCCGAAUCUUUCUACGCCGUGCUCGAGCGCGUGACGGCGGGGCUGAGGACAGAAGUCAAGGCGCUGCAGGACGCCGAGAUCCUGACUACGGCCGUCAACGCAAAGGCGGAGUGGGUCGGGAAGCAGAAGGAGGCCGAGGGCGUGAGGAACGCGGAGGCCGCGCUGGAGAAAUUGAAGGGGGGCGAGUGAAUGCGAUGGAAGGGCGCGCUGUUGUUCACCCAACAGUGCGGUACAUUUUUCUUCUGCUCUAUCUAUGGCUGCGCAGCAUGUGCAUGCACGCACGAGUUGAGAUGGAUACAUUACAUUGUCUGCAUUGCAUUGCAUCAGUCACCAUCAAGAUUAUGCAGCCUGUGUAGAUAAGACGACCACAGAUCUCAGAUCGCGUCCACCCCGACGCUGUGGAGACUACAAUGAGUCCAGCUACGACGUACUCGAUGGUCGCGAGAGAUAAGA